UGUUCCUUUUGAUCAUUUCUAGGUGUACCCUUUCCACCAAGUCAUCGAUUACAAACACUAGAGGUGUUUGACCCACGAGGCAAACCUAAACCUGAUGUUUUAAAGCAGCAUUUCGUGUUAGAAGGUAGAGUCACAGAGGAUGUAGCAUUAAGGAUUAUUAAUGAAGGAGCAGCAUUGCUGCGGCAAGAAAAGACUAUGAUUGACAUUGAAGCACCUGUUACAGUCUGCGGUGAUAUUCAUGGACAGUUUUAUGACUUAAUGAAGUUAUUUGAAGUUGGAGGACCACCAGCUACAACGCGUUACCUCUUUUUAGGAGACUAUGUUGACAGAGGAUAUUUUAGCAUAGAGUGUGUUUUAUAUUUAUGGGCCCUGAAGAUCUUAUAUCCAAAUACUUUUUUCUUACUCCGUGGAAACCAUGAGUGUAGACAUCUGACAGAAUAUUUCACAUUUAAACAAGAAUGUAAAAUCAAAUACACCGAACGAGUAUAUGACGCCUGUAUGGAUGCAUUUGACUGCCUGCCUCUAGCAGCCUUAAUGAACCAACAAUUUUUGUGUGUCCAUGGAGGUCUCUCACCAGAAGUACAUACUUUAGAAGAUAUAAGAAAAUUGGACAGAUUCAAAGAACCACCAGCAUUUGGUCCAAUGUGUGAUUUAUUAUGGUCCGAUCCUCUGGAAGAUUUUGGCAAUGAAAAAACUACAGAACACUUUACACACAAUAGUGUUAGGGGUUGCUCAUAUUUCUACAGCUAUGCAGCAUGUUGUGAUUUCUUGCAACAGAAUAAUCUAUUAUCUAUAAUCAGGGCACAUGAAGCUCAGGAUGCUGGGUAUCGUAUGUAUAGGAAAAGUCACCAAACUGGUUUUCCGUCAUUAAUAACUAUAUUUUCAGCACCUAAUUAUUUGGAUGUAUACAACAAUAAAGCGGCAAUUCUCAAGUAUGAAAAUAACGUAAUGAAUAUUAGGCAGUUCAACUGCUCUCCACACCCAUAUUGGUUGCCAAACUUUAUGGAUGUUUUCACAUGGUCUUUACCAUUCGUGGGAGAAAAAGUUACAGAGAUGUUAGUAAACGUCCUUAAUAUCUGUUCAGAUGAUGAGUUGAUGACUGAAGGAGAUGAUACAUUUGAAGCACAACCAGUUGCUGCCAGGAAAGAGGUCAUCAGAAACAAGAUUCGAGCCAUCGGUAAAAUGGCUAGAGUAUUUACUGUAUUGAGGGAAGAGAGCGAAAGUGUACUGCAGUUGAAGGGACUUACUCCAAAUGGUUUGCUACCUCUCGGAGCGCUAUCUGGUGGCAAAGAUACUCUGAGAAGUGCUAUCGAUAAUCCGAACGAGGAACCAGCUAUCAAAGCACUCAGUGGUUUUUCUCCUACCCACAAAAUAAGUGGGUUCGAUGAAGCCAAGAGUUUGGAUAAAUUGAAUGAACGCAUGCCCCCGAGAAGAGAUGCAGUCAAUACCAAUAACAAGGAGAAAGCGUAAUGAGGGACAAAAACCCUCUUCUCUCCACCAAGGCUGUUAUUCUUCCGGGCUGGAGUCAACCAUCACAUGCAGGGGAACGAAUGCUGAGCUCUGUGUGCAGGGUCCAGCUGUGAACAGCUCUGUUGAUCUCACCUUGUACGAUUUGCUACCUGGGAUGUAUGAUUAUAUCAGAAUUCAAUGUAUACAUAUUUUAUACCUAUUUAAUGGUUCUUUACCCCUCCCCUGCUGGCAACCUGCAAAUACAAUUGGUAAAUGCUGUUUUGUGAUGUGAUGUUUCUUUCCUUUUCUUCAAUAAAAAAAAAAUGCUUCCUUUCUAGUAAAAAAAAAAUUUAAAAAGUUAAUAAAUUAUAAAACUAUCUGAAAAAUAAAAUGUAAAAAUUUAACAUGAAAAUUCAUUAUUAAGUAUGGUAAUUUACUGAGGUGAAGUGAGUUCAAACUUUUCGAAUGCCACUAGGAAAGUUUAAAGUUUUCUUCAACUCUUUUAUACCACUUGUGUGGCAGUAUUAUUUAUGAGGGAAGUUCAUGAGCAGAUGUUGCCAGGGAUAUUCCCAAUAACAACAUCUGGACUUAAAUACUGCCUUGUCAUUGUAUGCAAGCCUCUCAUUGGGGUAGAAUUGAUUCUUUCAUCUUUUUACAAAAUUUCCGAAACAAACACAUUCUUUUAGUUUUAGCCCAAUCUUUAUUUUGAACUGUGGGCUAAAAAAAAAAUUAUGAUGGUGAUGUGAUGAUGAUGAUGAUAAAGAUGAUGAUGAUGAUGAUGAUCAGAACUUCUUACAUAGGCAUGAAGCCUUACUGUUAAUUGAAGUAACAUUAUGGAAAUGUUGCUCAAUACUAAAUUUGUUAUAUUAAAUUUAAAGAAUACUUUAUCUGGCUUGUUUUAAAUAGAAUAUGUUAUCGAAAAAAAAACCUAACAUAUAUAUAUAUGUAUAUAUGUGUGUGUGUCUCUGUCUGUCCGUGUAUAUAUAUAUAUAUAUACAUAUAUAUAUAUAUAUAUACAUACAUAUAUAUAUACAUACAUAUAUAUAUACAUAUAUAUAUAUAUAUAUAUAUAUAUAUAUAUAUAUAUAUAUAUAUAUAUAUAUAUAUAUAUAUUUAAAAUCAUGGAAUAUUUUUUUUAACAUUUUCAUUAUAUUUGGAAAUGUAAUUCAUUUAAAUCAAUUAAAAGCCUAUUUAAAUUAAAUCAACAAUUAAUGAUUUUAAAAGUGUAAAAACAAAAAAAGAUUAAGAAAAUAAAACCUCAGCUUAAUAGUUUUUCCAGGUGACCCUUAACUAUGGAUUGGUUUUGUUUUGAAAUUUGAAAUUUUUUAUUCAUUUUUUUUUUAAUCAGUGAUUAUUGAGUGCUUGCUACAAGGUCAUCUAAACCCUCUCUUGUCUUUAACACCCUAACACAUCUAGGGUAACUAUUACUCUGCUCAGUCAACAUUCUCUUCUGUACUGAGAUAGAGAAUAUCAUUUUUAAAUGAGUAUUUAAAAAUUUUAAAAAAAAACUAUAUAAAUUGUUUAAAACGGAAAAAAAGCAUUAUCAUUAAAAAAAACAGCAAUGUUAGUAAGUUAUCUCCCCUUGACACUGUUUACUUCUGCUUUCACUGGGAUUGUUGAAAUUUUUGGUAUUUUGUAUUCGGGAAGAAAUAAGUUAAUUCUAAUCCGUCAUGUAAAUUAAGUUGUCCUGUCUUUCACAAUCUUUUAAAAGUACCCACCCUUAUUUUUGUAAGCUGCACAUUUCAUUGCAAGUUCAUCACGAGCCCUGCUCCAACCACAUACAGAUACAGCAUUGCCAAUAUACUGACCAUAAAUAGCACUAUCACCUAGCUGUUAAAUAAUACCGCUGUUACAACAACUAUUUACCAGUCAAUAUCCUCUCUACAUGAACAACAGCUACCAUCAAUUGCACACUGCGUUUUUUGCUGCCCACUACAACUUUGCUUGCUACCACAGGUUUGGGAAAAACCAAGACCAUGCUACAAUGAAUGAUGUGCAUUUCUACAAUGAAUGAAGAAACUUACCAAGCCAGUGAUGUCUUCCUGGUGUUUCUUUUUGUUAUAACUACUACUACUACUACUUCUACUACUACUAUUAUUGCUUGAUAUUCAGCCCCUUUCUGUAAAUCAAUGGUAAUCAAAAGUAACCCACUCCAGAAGAAAUAAGUGAAAAAAAGGAAAAAGAAAUAAAAAAGUUAAAAUAGUUCUAAGAAGAAAAAAAUGGUUAAAACAUCUGUGCAAUGAUUUUUCUGGAGGACUACAACAAUGACUUAUUUCUGAAGUUACAUUUUCUAUCCCUCUAAGUCCGUCUCACAUCCUGAUUAACCUUAAACCAUUAUUCUGUUUUCAGAGUAUAUAAAAGUCUGUUAGAUCUGUUACUAAACUGUUUCAAGUUUUAUUUUAUUACUGUUUAUAUUAUUGUUGUUAUUUAAAUAACUUUUAUUUUACUUGUAGAAUAUUUUAGUAACAAACUUUGUGUGUGUGUGUGUGUGUGACUGCUUGGGUGUAUAUGUGUUUUAAAUAUUUGGGACAUUUAGUCAGUUAAUAUCUAUAUUAUGUUUUGUAUAAAGUAUUAAGCUUACUUUCUAACAAUUAGGGUUAUAAACUAAAAAAAUAAUGCUAGACCAGUGACAAACUUUACAUUGUUGAAAUUAUAGCAUUGAUUAUCAUUAUUGAUAAGUUUACAUAUUGAUGAGUUCAGCUACCCAUAUGUAUAUAAACACAUAUGGACACACACACACACACAUACAUACAUACAUACAAAAAGAGUUACACAAUGAAUUGGGAAUUUAUUUAAAAUUGAAGUAGUUUCCCUUGCAAGCUUUGUAUACAUUAAACUCUGUUGAUCUUUUGGGCAUUGAUGCAGUUUUAAUUAACAUGGUGGUGUUAACCUAUAGCCGACAACUGAUAGCAUUCCCAGUAUCAGAAAGGCAAACAGCUGUGAUGUAAUAAAAAAAAAAUAAAAAAAGAUUAUUAGUAGGGUAAAGAUGUCUAAAAUCAGAAUAAGAAUUUUCUUAUAUCUAGGGAAAAUAUAUCCAAGAAGACUAAUUCCCUGGCAUAUAUGUAAAUAAAUCAAAAGUGAACCUGUCUGUGAUAUACAUAUACUAGCAUACAUUUGUCUGUGUGCAGGUUGUGUAUGUGUAUAUGCAUAUUAGAAUAUUGAAAGUUACAUUUCAGUUAAAAAUUGACAAAGUUAAAUGGUUAAUCUACCGGAUUUAGCUGAGAAAUUCACCUAGCAGAUAAUACUGAGAAAACAAUGAUGUAGUGCAGUGGUAACUUUGUUUUUAUUUUAGAUUUGUUUGUUAUUUUUUGGGGUUUUUUUAGUUCCUUUUUUUAUUUAUUUGUUUUUGUUUUGUUUGUUUGUUUUUUUUUCUUUUUUGUGUUGACUCAACUCUAACCACAUGACAUGAAAUCUAACCAACAACUCAGAUUCAACAAACACAAAACUGGCAGAAAAGUUGUUGAUAAUGUCUUGUUACACAUGACAUAUAAACAGUACAUCAAGUCCUCUGCUUCCUGCCCUUAGCCUCCUCCUCCUCCUCCUCCUCUAAGCACUAUUUGUUGAAUUUUUUUAUUAAAAAUAAAAAUUAAAAAUAUAAAAUCUUAAAAAAAAAAGUUGUUCUUUUGACUAUCACUAAGAAUUGUUGAAGACAUUUUAAUUUGUUGAUUAUUUCUCCUCCUCCUCCUCCUCCUCCUCUUUAUUGUUCCUCUUACUGAAGACACCUUGAUGUACUGUUUUCGAUAUUACCUGUCUAAAAAUUCCAAGACAGACUACAGAGCUUGGUAGACACUGGUACUAAGUACCAUGGAAGCAAUUAAGCUACCAAUUAUUUAAGUAAUCCUGACUACCUACACAUUACCCUUUUCAAGGUCUUUUGACAUAUUUUAUCUGCACAUCAAUAUACAUCAGUAAUUGAGAGAAUGAACAUUUUUCUACUUAUUGUUUUUAAUAAUAUUGUGAAACUCCUUUACUUCUUCCUUCCAGUUCAUGUUAUUCCAGCUAAAUUCUAAAAAAGAAAAUAAAAUAUUAAAAAAAAAAAAGCUUUCACUGUUUCACCUAUCGAAGGAUUGUUUUUCUUUUCAUAUUUUAUUUCCCCAAUAUCUUUUGAGAGAAUUUCUCACAUCUAGAAAUUAUUUAUUUUUCUUGCACUCUUUUGUUUUAUAUAUGUAUGUAUAUCAUUUUUUUUUCUACAUAUCUUGCAGUUCAAGACUUACCUAUACACACACAUAUUCCCUUCUUGCUUAUAAGCCUUCAUUACUAAUAUGGAUAAAAUAUUUUCUUCCAAGAAAUAUGUAGACUUCUCUGUUUAAUUCUGAUAUUUAUUUCUCUUCAAAUAAUGUGGUUGUGAGUAUUUGUUAGCUUUUUGUUCGAGUAUUUCUUCUUAUUUUUUUUUCCUUUUCCUUCUAACUUCUCAUAAUCACUUUUACCUUAUCUCUGCCACAGUCUCCCAACCCAUUUGUUUAAGGGUUUUAGGUGUUGUACUUUCAGACUGGCCUAUCAAUGCAAUGUCUUUUUUGUUCUCAUUUUAGCCAUCUUGCUGACUGUGUAGUUCAGGUAGGUAAUAAUUAAAAAUGAUAAUGCUAUUUGGGGUUCUCCCAUAACCACAGUUGGGUUUUAACAACUUGUCAUCUUAACGAAGGUAUAUAUUCUGUUUGAUGUAGAUAAUUUUGUACUUAUUAACUGAAAAUAACUGUGAUGAUAGCAACUCAACUGACACCAACUAUAGAAUUUGUUUCUGAUAAAUUUCCUUCAUUGGAAUUCUUCACUUGGAUUUUUUUCUUUCUCAGAUCUCUCUCUCUCUCUCUCUUUCUCUCUCUCUCUCUCUGUCUCUUUCUAUUUUUCAUUUUCUUAAAAUUUUGCUCUUUAGCUCUUAAGGAGAUUUAUCUGAUUUUUUUUUUAUUUACUUGUUUGUGGUAUCAACAAUUCCUACCUUUACAAUACAGUGAACAAUAGAUAUAGCUCAAUACUGUCAUGCUAGCAUGUGUCUGUCUAUAUUAUAUCAUUUAUAUAUAUACAUAUAUAUAUAUAUAUAUAUAUAUAUUAUGUAUGUGUGUGUAUACUAUCCCAUAGGCUCUAGGUAGAAUGUUUAGUGUUGAUCUAAAUGCUACCAGUUCCAUAAUACAGGUGUCUAGUGUAAUAUUUACAUCAGCUGCAAGCCAUACAACUACUGUACUAAUGGUAAGACAAAUGUAUAAGCAUCUUGUCAAACAAAUUACAGCAUUAAGCUCUGGUGCAGGAUAGCUAACAUUCAUGUCCCCUUUGCCCUCCAUAUACUCAUUUUUCUUAUUAAUUCAAGGACUAACUAGUACCGUUUCUUUACCUUGCUCCCUUUCCCUCUUUCACACCAUGUCCAAGGUUGCAGAACAACACAGCUCAGGCCUGAAUUCUGUAGCUAAUAUUACCCCCCAUGGAAUUACUUUGUAACUAAGGCCUUGUAUAGACUUUUUAUUAAAUCAAUGUUUUCAACCUACCAUUUUUCAUUAUUUUGUUAAACUGUCAAAACACUAUUGUAAAUCAUGCAUGUAUACAUUAAUGUGUUGAAAAUAAAUUACACUGUUCUUGUCUUUAUCCCCCAA